AUGGACCAGCCGGACGGAUACCUGGAUGCAACACAGCCGGACUAUGUGUGCAAGCUAAAGAGAUCACUCUACGGCUUGAAGCAAUCGCCUCGCAUGUGGAACCAAACAAUCGAUGGGUUCAUGAUCAAGAUGGGAUUCAAGAAGUGCGAAUCGGACCACUGCAUCUACAUCAAGCGAGACGACCAAGACAUGAUUCUCGUGGUGCUCUACGUCGAUGAUCUCAUCCUGGCCAGCAGCAACAACGAACUCCUCAAGUCAACCAAGAUGGCGCUGAGCAAACGCUUCGAAAUGACGGAUCUCGGUGAGCUCGAUUACUUUCUCGGCAUGGAGAUCAAGAACGACCGUAAGACGGGAAUGGUGACUGUACAACAAACCAAGUUUCUCAAGUCCGUGUUGACCAAGUUCGGAAUGGAUAACAGCAAGCCAGUGAAGACGCCUCAAGAUCCCGGCCUGAAGCUAACCAAGAACAUGUGUGAACAAGAAUGCAAGCACGAAGACACCAUGUGCAACGUGCCAUAUCGAAGUGCUGUCGGAGGCAUCAUGUAUCUCAUGGUCGCCACACGUCCGGAUCUAGCUGCUGCAGUGGGAUCAUUAUCCCAGUUCUCGUCCGACCCAUGCCCGACUCACUGGCAAGCUUUGAAGCGUGUGCUGAGAUACCUGCAAGCAACGCCCAAUCACGGUCUUGAGUUUACACGUGAAGAAGGAAGCCGUAUCUGCGGGUACACCGACGCAGACUGGGCCGGCGACAUUGAGUCAAGACGAAGUACAAGCGGCUAUGUGUUCAUGAUGAGCGGAGGAUGCAUCAGCUGGAAAAGCCAGAAACAACGGACGGUCGCGCUAUCUUCAACAGAAGCAGAAUACAUGGCGCUUUCCGAAGCAACCAAAGAAGCAGUAUGGCUCAAAGUGCUUUUGGGGGAACUUGGUGAGAUGACAAGCGACGAAGCGAUCAAGAUGUAUGAAGACAACCAAGGAUCAAUCGCUCUCGCCAAGAACCCGGAGUUCCAUAAGAGAACAAAACACAUCGACAUACGCUACCAUUUUGUGCGUGAGAAGGUGGAAUCAGGUGAAGUCGUUUUGGAGUAUUGCCCGACUCAAGAUAUGCUGGCAGACAUGACGACCAAGCCGAUCGCCGCUGUACAAUUUGAAAACAUUCGCGAUCGACUUGGGAUCCAAGGUGCCGCAGCUAACGAGUCGAGAGGGAGUGUUGAAAAAGACAGCGGCUGUGAAGAAGACACCUCGUCAAGCUGCGUCAAGUGUUGA